CAAUAAACUCUCUCUCACGUAUUUUGAAAAAAUUUUUUGAUUUUGAUAACCCGAUGAUGAUGAUGAUGAUGAUAACCUUAAGAAGAGGAAAAAUUCAUAGAGACUAAAUGUAACUCCCACAUUUGGAUGAGUAAAUCAAAAAUCCUCGAGGAAAUAAACACACACACACAGGUUGUGUGGAUGCCAUUUUAGGUUUUGAUUUUCUACCAUUACGUUAAAUCAUCAUCAUCAUCAACAACAACAACCCGUUAACCAGUUAACAAUGGCCAAUCGUAUAUUUUUCGUAUUCAUCUUUGCUGUUUUUGGAACAAUUGUUCAAUCCAAAAGAAUAUUAUUCUAUGAACAAAAUCCUGGCUGCAAUAUUGUUGAAUGUAAUGAUACUCAUGUUGUUCAUAUUACAUCUGAAGUGGACGAUGACAAAAAUCAAUCUACUUAUCAUAAUUUAUGGAUAUUCACCAAUGAUUAUAAACCAACAAUCAUUCUGUUUGAAACUGAACCAAAGGCAAAAUUAUCCAUUGAUUGGUUGAAAUUUUUUCAACAUGAAAAUAAUUCAAUCAUAUUCAAAAAUGGUUCCGUACUAAAUAGUUUUGGCGUUGAAUUUACUGAUUUAUUCAUUGCGAAUAUGACAUCGAAACAAUUACUUUAUAAUAUUCCAAUUGAUCAUUUGAAUUGGUCAGUAAAUUUUACUGAACCUCGUGAUAAUCAAUCAUCGAUUCGAGCUAUAUUUAGUAAUGAAAAUUCAUCAAUUGGAAAUUUUCGUUUUCAUUUGAAAUCAUCUGCUCAUUCUGGACGUGAACAAUUGUUACCGAAAUUAAUCUAUUCGAAUGCUGGAAAUCUUUUACAAUUUGAAAUCAAUGAUCUUUUCAUACCAGAAUCAAUAAAACAGAAUAAUACCCGUUUACAGUUAUGUGCCAAUCUAACUACCAUAUUGGAUGGUCAUCGUUUGAAUAGCCAGAUUGAAAAAUUUACAGGAAUGGAUGAUGAAUAUACGCCAGGUGUUUUUCAGCGUUAUCUAUAUCAAAUGGAAACCAUUGAUAAAGUGGAUAAUAAUAAUCAAACCAGAUCAUCAUUUAUUGGCUGGAAACCUGUAGCAUAUUUUGAUCAUAAACAACAGAUUGCCACAUCGCUUAAAGUGAUUAGCCCAUCAAUUGAAAAUAUGACAACAAUUCCAUUAUCAUCAUCAGCAUUGAAUGGUUAUUUUCAAUCACCGACAUCAUCAUAUACAAUUAACAAAUUGGCAAAUUUUCGUUUCAAUUCUGAAGAUGAUAAUGAAUUUGAUUUAACCAUUAAUGGUACAUCAAUCGAAUUUUCAUUAUCAUUAUCAUUGAUUGCGUUGUCUGAAACACAAUUUUCAACAUCAAUGACAAUUAUUAUUGUUUGUAUAUUGAUUGGAUUUGGUUUACCAUUUAUUUUAUUAAUAGGAUUUAUUAUGUUUACUAUGUCAAAAAGAUUAUUAUCUUUAUUUGUUGGUAGUGGUAGUAAUAAUAAUUAUAAUCUACAACAUAAUAGUGAAAGUUCAGGCUAGUGUAUUAUAAAAUAUAUAUAAUAGUGUAUAUGAGGGAAUAAUUAAGAAUUUCAAAUCAUCAAUAUAUUCAUAUAUAUGUGCAUAAGUGACUAGUAUUUGUUUUCAAUUCGUCCAUAUGGAU